AUGAGUCCUAAAGUGAGUCAUGAAGCACAAAAAGAAGAAGUGUCAAAGAUGGAUGCUAUGGAAAAAGAUAUUUUUGACCUAGUUGCAAUUGAGAAGAUGAUGGGAGAAGAGUUGAGUGUUCAAUAUGAAGAAGAGAUUGAUGAAAUAGAAGACAAUUUAUAUGAAGAAAUGGAGAUAGUUGAUGAAGACAUGGUUGGGGAAUUAGAGGAGACUACUAUGGUCAAGAUGGAAGUAGACAAGGAAGAUCCUAAAGAAGAUGACAAGAAGCUAAACAAGACAAAGAAGUAG